GCCUGCAAUGCAUUACACAGGAGGAAUGGCGAGCAGAGCUGGCAGUGACAGUCGGGAACUGCAGAUGAAUGAACAACUAAUUUUAAACACAUAUGCCAACAUGCGCACAGAAGUUAACCAAAUUUACUCAAAGAUCACUGAGCUAGAGAUGGAAGUAAGUGAACACUCUCUUGUAAUUGGGGCAAUUCAGCCACUCGAUCCAUCAAGACGCUGCUACCGAAUGGUUGGUGGCGUGCUGGUCGAGAGAACGAUCAACGAAGUCCUCCCUGCGGUUCAGCGUAACAAGGAAGGUCUCGAAGAGGUCAUCGCUCGCCUCAACGAGGCAUUAGAGAAGAAGAAAAAGGAGAUUGCAGAGUUCGAGUUGAAGUAUAAGAUUAAGAUAAGAAAGGCAGAUAGUGAGGCCAAGGAGGAUACUAGCCAGAAAGAAGGCUCCGCACAGGGGGUUCUUGUAGGUCCUGCAAGCUGAGUAGAAGGAAGAGCUGGGAAGAAAUAAGUUAACGAUCAGGUUAUGCAGGUGCUAUAAUGAUAGUGGUGUUUAGUAUUGGCAUGCAGGUCUUCUCUGUUUUAGUUGUCUGAUCAGUAAAGAACUAGAAACCAAUGGGAUUCUUGAGCUGUGGAAGUAGAAUUCAUCUUGUUGCCCCAUCUUGUUUUAUCUUGUACUCUUGUCAUUUUGUCAAUUAUCAAAAAUGCACCAACGUAUUGUGUUUUCCCCCGAA